UCCCCCCAGCCAACCCCCUGCAAGCUCUGGGUUCUACCCUCUGUGCCCCUCCCCAGACAAGUGUCCGGCUCCACGGGGGCAGCGGGCCCGCCGCCCGCCGCCCCGCUCAAUCCCUGCCCACCUACUGUGAGGAGCAGCUCCGCCCACCUGUCCAUAAAAGCCAAGUGCAAGUUACCCGCAGAGCUCAGAGGAUCAGAGCCCUUCCUUGAUCCUCUCCGUGGGAGCCCGAGUCCCUGUCUCCCAGAUCUUACGUGCUCAAGAAGCUGUUCUGGAAAUAAAGCAAAUCCUGUGAAGAGACAAGCCCCAGCCCCAGUGGUACUACAAGAAAAGUCAAACAAGGACAUCUGUCCUCAAUUCUACUGGCCAGCCAAGCCUAAAUGUGAUGGCUGUGCCGCCCAGGCCUCUACAGCUGCUGGGAGUGCUGCUCACCAUUUCUCUGAGCUCCUUCAGGCUCACUCAGGCUGGUGCCUAUUAUGGAAUCAAGCCGCUGCCACCUCAAAUUCCUCCUCAGAUACCACCGCAAAUUCCACAAUACCAGCCCCUAGGCCAGCAAGUACCUCACAUGCCUUUGGGCAAAGAUGGCCUUUCCAUGGGCAAGGAGAUGCCUCACAUGCAGUAUGGCAAGGAGUACCCACACCUACCCCAGUAUAUGAAGGAGAUCCAACCUGUGCCAAGAAUGGGCAAGGAAGUGGUACCCAAGAAAGGCAAAGGAGAAAUACCUUUAGCCAGUUUGCGAGGAGAACAAGGUCCUCGUGGAGAACCUGGACCGAGAGGACCACCUGGGCCACCAGGUUUGCCAGGUCAUGGAAUGCCUGGAAUCAAAGGAAAACCAGGGCCACAGGGAUAUCCAGGGAUUGGGAAGCCGGGUAUGCCUGGAAUGCCUGGGAAGCCAGGAGCCAUGGGAAUGCCUGGAGCAAAAGGCGAAAUUGGACCCAAAGGUGAAAUCGGUCCUAUGGGAAUCCCAGGACCACAAGGACCUCCAGGGCCUCAUGGACUUCCUGGCAUCGGGAAACCGGGUGGGCCAGGGUUACCAGGGCAACCAGGAGCAAAAGGUGAGAGAGGGCCCAAAGGACCACCAGGACCUCCUGGUCUUCAGGGUCCCAAAGGAGAGAAGGGCUUCGGGAUGCCAGGCUUGCCAGGUCUGAAGGGUCCUCCAGGUAUGCAUGGCCCUCCUGGCCCAGUUGGGCUGCCAGGAGUAGGAAAACCAGGAGUGACAGGCUUCCCUGGACCCCAGGGUCCCCUGGGGAAGCCAGGCCCUCCAGGGGAACCUGGACCACAAGGUCUUAUUGGUGUACCGGGAGUUCAAGGACCUCCUGGGAUGCCUGGAGUUGGAAAGCCCGGCCAGGAUGGGAUCCCUGGCCAGCCAGGAUUUCCAGGUGGUAAAGGAGAACAAGGACUGCCAGGGUUGCCUGGACCCCCAGGCCUCCCAGGGGUCGGAAAGCCAGGAUUCCCAGGACCCAAAGGGGACCGGGGCAUCGGGGGUGUUCCUGGAGCUCUUGGGCCAAGAGGAGAAAAAGGACCAGUAGGUGCUCCUGGAAUGGGGGGUCCCCCUGGAGAGCCUGGCCUUCCUGGAAUCCCAGGUCCCAUGGGCCCUCCGGGUGCUAUUGGUUUCCCUGGACCCAAAGGAGAAGGUGGGGUUGUAGGACCACAGGGUCCACCAGGUCCCAAGGGUGAGCCAGGACUCCAAGGCUUCCCUGGGAAGCCGGGUUUCCUUGGUGAAGUAGGUCCCCCUGGCAUGAGGGGUUUGCCUGGUCCUAUAGGACCCAAGGGGGAAGCUGGUCACAAAGGGUUGCCAGGGCUUCCUGGAGUUCCAGGGCUGCUUGGACCCAAGGGAGAACCAGGCAUACCCGGGGAUCAGGGUCUACAGGGGCCCCCAGGGAUUCCAGGGAUUGUAGGACCGAGCGGCCCUAUUGGACCACCUGGGAUUCCGGGCCCCAAAGGAGAACCAGGCCUCCCAGGGCCCCCUGGAUUUCCCGGUGUAGGGAAACCAGGAGUAGCAGGACUUCAUGGUCCCCCGGGGAAACCUGGUGCCCUUGGGCCUCAAGGCCAACCUGGCCUUCCUGGGCCCCCAGGCCCUCCAGGGCCCCCAGGACCCCCAGCUGUGAUGCCCCCUACUCCGCCACCCCAGGGAGAAUAUCUGCCAGAUAUGGGACUAGGAAUUGAUGGAGUGAAACCUCCACAUGCCUAUGCGGGCAAGAAGGGCAAGAACGGGGGCCCAGCUUAUGAGAUGCCUGCGUUUACUGCAGAGCUGACUGCACCUUUCCCACCGGUGGGGGCCCCAGUGAAGUUUGACAAGCUGCUGUACAACGGCAGACAGAACUACAACCCGCAGACGGGCAUCUUCACCUGUGAAGUCCCGGGUGUCUACUACUUUGCUUACCACGUUCACUGCAAAGGAGGCAACGUGUGGGUUGCUCUCUUCAAGAACAACGAGCCUAUGAUGUACACAUAUGACGAGUACAAGAAGGGCUUUCUGGACCAGGCAUCUGGGAGUGCAGUACUGCUGCUCAGGCCCGGAGACCGGGUGUUCCUCCAAAUGCCCUCAGAACAGGCUGCCGGACUCUACGCCGGGCAAUAUGUCCACUCCUCCUUUUCAGGAUAUUUAUUGUAUCCCGUGUAAAACAAAGAAUAGAAAAGAAGAACAAGAGAGAUUUAAUAGAAGAAAAGAAAAUGACAUUUAAAAAAAACAAUUGAAAACAAUGCUUCAAAACACUUAUGUAGUUGGAAAGUUAUAUUUAAGUGAAAGUUUGGACCAUCAUGUACAAAUAAAAACUAAGAUGCAUGUUUAAUACUGUACACAGCAGAUUGUACCAGGAUGAUGGGACAGAUUUAUGGAUGAAAUACAGACGCCUGUGUUGUACCCACUGGACUCAUAUUAGCUGUUGCAUGUUAUAUGAUUUCAUAACCUGCUUAUUCAAAUCAGUCAAAAUAUGUCAGUCUGGAAGGUCAUAGCUAGUGAAAGUCACACAUUCCUUGUGCUCCCUUUAAAAAAAAUGGUUUUUCUUUUCUUUUUUUAAUAUGCCUUGAGAGGUUAGUGGUGAGAGUUACAUACUGUAUUUAUUUGCAUAAUUUCCUCUCUUUGUGCAGAUGUUUUGCUGUGGGAUGUUGGAGAGUUGUUCUGUAGUGCAAAGACCAUGGUAAUCUCUAGUCCGAAGGAUAUUUCUCCAUUUCAGAGGCUGUGCUUUAGCGGCAGGUCUCCCUAGUCGAAAUUGUGUUGUGGUCGUCCCCAGAAGAGCAGAUGUGCCAAUGGCCCCUUGUGUAUUUGCUCAGCACUCUCUUUGCCAAGUACUGGGUGAGAUGCUAGUGUGUGACACAGGGCAGAGGCCACAGGAGUUCAGAACUUAGCUCAGAGAGAUUAAUGUAUUAACUCCUCUAAAGAGUUUCAGUUUGGCAUUUCUCUGGAACCUAAUUUUCUUUUCUUCUUCCCUCCUGUAAUUUAUAAUAUAGCCUAAACAAUAUAAACAAAUUUUUUAAAGAACCUUCCCUCAAAUAGCUUUACCAUUUUAUGAACCUUUACUAUUAAUAGUAAUUAUCAGUUACGUUUACAUGCAUUAAAAAAUCCCCCUAAUUUGUCCAUACAACCCAUACAACCCAUAGUCAGGUUUCAAUUUGUCUGUAUGUGUUUUAGUAGCUGUGAUUUUCUUCAGUAACUAUGAAUUUUAAAGAUGUGAUUUAUGUCAUCUGAGGUUCCAAAGUCAAUUAACAAAAUCCAAGCCAUUUUUUUUAAUUUGGGAAAAAGACAUUCAGAAUUAAUACAAAAAUAAUUACAUUUUAAAGGAGUAAUUAUAAUGUUUGGUAUGUAAAAGCAGGUGUGUUGCUUCCAGAUAUCGGGACUAAAAUUGUAGGGAAAUGACUGUUUCUUUAACAUCGGCCUGUGGAAGAGAUAGCUGGAAUGUCAUAAAGCAAUGGCAGCCCAUGCCUAUUAUGUCACCACACUCUCAGCACCACAGCCAAGACAGGUCUGAAAGGAGAAACAGUUCUUCAGGCUCUCACUAAGGCACAUGCUAGGUUCUUUGGGCAUUGCUCAAAACACAAACAUUUGAAAGUUGACUAUUCAUUUGCUAUUAGUUGUUUGGGGAAGUAAUGUGGGGCUACAGUGAUAGAUCUAAUCUACGUUCCUCAAACCUUAAGAGUCAGGAAUUGAAGAGAUACACAUAGACUGGAAAAUACACAAAUAAAUACAGUAUAAAACAUGGUAAAUUCCAAAUCUGAAUUAAUUUUACCACCACAAAUUCUCUUCUCCUGGCUAAAUAUUUGUCUUUUCCCUUUAUGAUAUACAGGCUCCAUUUCUUCUCAAAUUUUAAGACAAAUGAGUUCAUUAGCACAAGGUUUCUCAUUAAUUGUACAAAGCACUUUCGCAUCCAAAAGAUGUCCUACCCUAGCCUUCACUUGCAGAGUAAACAGCAUUUCUGUGAAUAGUUAUCCUUUGGGUUGCUCCUGAGGACACUGGCUUGUAGCUAGUGACUGUAGAAGUCAUAUGGGUCCCUGAGAUCUUUCUACUAAAUGGCUACAUUGAAAUGGUUUGGAGGACAGUCAGGCCAGAUGCGUUGUAAAGUUGCUUUUAUCUGUACAUGUAUGGUAUUUUAGUUUCCAUAAAGAAAGACAGAAAUUAUCUCUUAAGUUAAACCAAAUUUUGCUUCUUGAGGUAUCUUCCAACUUAUUUAUUGGUUGUUACUCAAUUGCCUCUGUGUGUGUGUGUGUGUGUGUGUGUGUGUGUGUGUUACCAUAUAUCAGGCAUAUGCUUCUAAACUUUUAAAUGGAGGAGGAGCAAAAUCUAUGCCAGAUACUGUAUAUUCUACCAUGGUGCUAAUAUCAGAGCUAAAUGAUACUCCAUUUAAUUUAAAGAAGAGUUUUAAAUAAUUAUCUAUGUACCCGUUGUACCCUUUUGAACGUUGUGCAUCCUGUUAACACGUUAGUGUGAAAACAGAUGAAACAACUGUAUGUUCUACAGUCUAGGGACAGUACUAUGAUCCCUGUUUAAUUAAAAAUUAAGUAGAGCUUUUCCAUGUGAAGUGGACCAAACUGGCGUUGUUCUUAUUUAAACACAGAGUUUUAAAGUAGCAUGACAUCCCACGGGGGAAAAGAAUGUCUGCAGAGGAUAACUGUCCUCAAAUAUUUUACAGAAACAAAGAAUGAUGAAAAGACUGGUAACUUGUUUGAGUUUCCAUGAACAGAUUUGAGACUUCAUGGCAAAUCAAUUUUGUAUUUAAAUUUUUGUACUGAUUUGAAAAACAGAUCAUUAAAUAUCUUUAAAAGUA